AUGUAUCUCACAUACCUCACCAUCUUCACCCUCCUCUCCUCCCUCGCUACAGCACAUGUUCCCCGUGCUGGCACUCCCACCACGCUCCUCGCGGCCCCAGCUGCAGCCAUCAACGCCGUGGCCACCCCCUCUCCAAUUCAGCCCGGCAUGACCAGCAAUUGCGACUCCUUCCACCUAGUGUCUAGCACCGAUACCUGCGCCACCAUUGCCUCCAGUGCUGGUAUCUCGCUUGCCAACUUCUACUCGUGGAAUCCGAGUGUGGGCUCCGGCUGCGAGACUCUCUGGCUGGGGUACUAUGUCUGCACUGGAGUUAGUGACACUACCACCACUACUACGACCACAUCUACUACGACCACCACCACAACAGCCGUGACUACCCCAUUGCCCACUCAGUCAGGGAUGGUGAAGUAUGGUAUGGAAGAAGAUGAGGGAGCUGAGAUUCAUGCGGCUCAUGGUUUAUGCUGA